CUGCGCCAUUCGUCAUUUGUCGUCAUUGUUGCAAUGGACGACGACCAGCUUCGUGGCGCAAAACGGUCUUUCGGCGAGGUCGACUCGUCACCAGCACCCUCCAACGGGUCUGCCUUCACAUCUGCGUUCGCCGCACCCGGUGCGCCCGCAGCAUCCGGCGAUGGCCAGCCUGCCCCCAAGCGCGAGCGCAAGAGUCGCUGGUCGGAGGACAAGGUUGUCGCGCCCGCCCUCGCCGCGCUGCCACCGACCAUGAGCGACGAGCAGCGCGUCGUCCGAGCACUCGAGAUCCAGAUCGACCACAUUGCGCACCAGCUCCACACGGGCAACUUGGAUCUCCACUCUGGCAAUCGAUCGCCAUCACCCGAGCCUACAUACGAUCAGUACGGUAAACGUACCAACACCCGCGAGGUGCGAAAGCGAAAGCAGCUGGAGGAACAGCGGAGCAAGCUCAUCGAGCAGGCCAUGCGCACAAGCUCGACAUACCGCCCUCCCAGCGACUACCGGCGCCCGACAAAGCUGCAGUCGCGCGUGGAUAUCUUUGAAGCAGAACAGCACCCGGAGAUCAACGUUCUGGGCGCCAUCCUGGGCCCGCGUGGUAAAACGCUGCAGUUGAUUGAAUCCGAGACGGGCGCGAAAAUCUUUAUUCGAGGCAAGGGCUCCAUCAAGUCCAACAAGGGUCCGCAAAACAACAACGACGAAGGCGACAAUCUGCACGCACUGGUUCAGGGACCCACCCAAUCCCACAUUGAUGCCGCUGCCGCCAAAAUCCGUGACAUUGUCCAGCGCGCCGUCACCAUGCCCGACGAUCAGAACGAACACAAGAAGACGCAGUUGCGCGAGCUCGCUGCGUACAACGGCACACUGCGCGACGACGAGCUGCUCAUGCGCUGCGCAAACUGCGGCGCCACCACCCAUCGCGCCUGGCAAUGCACAGAAAAGAAGAUUUUCACCAACUCGGUCAUCUGCCACAUUUGCAAGGGUGUCGGUCACGUUGCACGCGACUGCAUGAACCGCGACGGCGGCAACGCCAAUCUCGAGCCCGUGUCGUCGAGCGGCGGCUCGGGCGGCAGUGUCCAGCCACUUCGCCCGCUGCCCCUGACGCCAGGCCAAUCCUCUUCGUCGUCGUCGUAUUCGUCUCAAUCUAAUGCACAGGACCGAUCAAAGAUGGACGACGAGGUCAAUGCUCUGAUGAACUCGCUUGCCAACGGCGACUCGGGUGCUGACGGUGGUGCUGCGGACGGUGGCUCAAAGCCCGCAGCCGGCAGCAACGGCAGUGAUCAUCCGCCACCCGCGCAUGUGCCCGCGCCACAGCGCGAGAGUCGCUCUCACGUGCAUCCCAGUCGCAUGGCCAACAUUGGCCCGCCGCCGUGGUCUGCCGGGCCACAUGGCGGCCGUGGACCUCCUCCCCCUCCCCAACACCAGCCACAUCACCAGCCGUAUGGCGCCUACCCGCCUCCGCCGCCGCACGGCAUGCCCUUCUUCCCGCCGCCAGCAGACUUUUACGGCCAUGCAGGUGGUCCGCCCAUGGACAUGUAUGGCUUCCAAGGUGGCUUCCCGCCAAUGGGCCACGGCAUGCCGCACGACAUGAUGGCGCAAGGUUGGCCGCCAAUGGAUCCGUCUGCUUUUUACAACAUGAAUGGCAUGGGCGGUGGGGCCCAACAACCCCCGCCUCCGCCGCCACCGUCAUCUGCGCCUCCGCCGCCACCUCCGCCACCGUCCGACGGCGCAGCUCCUCCGCCCCCGCCCUCGGAACCCUGGUUGCAAGCCUCGUCCGCCGCAGCUCCUCCACCGCCUCCGCCGCCAAUGUGAGAGGUGUCCAGCGCAGUCUUGAUUUGUUUUGAUGGUUUUUUUUUUCAUUCUUGUUUUUGUUUUCGUCUCGUUUUGUCAACACUUGUUCAAUUCAUUAGUUGCAACAGUAUAGAGCC